CCAAAAAACAGGCAUUUCCAGUUCCUUUUGAACAGUCCUAUCCAGAGCUACAGUCAAGCGUGCUCAAUAUCCUUCUCCCUGUCACUCACAUACCCUCUUCAAGCAACAAUGAGGAUCGCCUUGGUUACCAUCGCCAUGACGAUGCUCCUUCUCCAGGAGGUCAAAGCAGACAUCCAACCACAGAAGAACUUUGACGUGCAGAGGUUUGCAGGGAAAUGGUACCGGGUGGGCCUGGCGUAUGAUUCUCUUAGCUUUGCUCCAUACAGAAGCAAGCUGACAAUAUCCAUGGGGAUGGUGGAUCCACAACCCAAUGGAGACGUCAACAUGACAAUGUGGACUGGAAGGUGUGUGUGUCUGUCCACUAGCUGUAAAAGCAAAGUCUACGUAUAUGAGAAGACUGAUAUUCCUGGUGUGUUCUCCUACUUCAGUUCACGACAUAAUAAAGUGAAGGACAUCACAGUGGUGGAUACCAACUACACUGAGUAUGCAAUCGUCUUCAAAUUCAAGAAGAUGAACAGGGAGUAUUCACAAGUGUCUCUAUAUGGUCGUACCCUGAAGCUGAGCCCUGAGGUGAUUGAAAAGUUCAAGACGUUCUCUCUGGUUCGAGGAUUCCCCAAAGACUCUAUUCUCACCCCACCAGCAGGAGGUGGGAGAGACACACACCACCACACACUUGCAUACAACUGUCCACGCUCUGGAAACUAGAAAGCUUUUCUUUUAGAAAGUUUGCAUCAGCACCAUUCUCACCCGCCUGAAUCAUCAUCAUCAUCAUCAUCAUCAUCAUUGUUGCCGUCUUCAUCAUCAUCGUCAUCAUCAUCACAAGCAUCAUCAUCAUCAUCAUCAUCCUCCUCAUCAUCUUCAUUAUCCUCUUCCUCACACUUUCACACAUUCACAUUGCUACCAUAGUUCAGCUGGCAGGUCCUAGUGCUGCAUCAGUAAUAUACAAUACUAUAACCAUAACCAUGACCAUAACCAUAUUGCCAUAGUACUGUACUUCCAUUGAGUAUAACUUACCUCUGCCAUCUAUGUUGGUGCUGAGCCCUAUCUGCCCUGUGAACAAACAGUACGCACGUCUGUUCACCUCGUACUGUGACAAACUGACCAUGGGGGCACCUAAGACAUUAGUGGCUCUCAGAUCAAAUAAAUAGAGAUAUGUGAAAACA